AUCGCGGCCAACGAUGGCUUCGCGUUCGCGUUGGAGAGCUUCGUGGAGCUCAUGAAUCACGCGAUCAUAUCGUGGGACAACUUGGAACCCAAAUUUAUCGGCAAAAUCGCACUUCAAGUGAACUCAUCGAACCUGUCUUCGGCCGAUAAGAAAGAGCUGAUCCACUCGUUGGCUAUCUUGGAGUCGAUAGUGAUAUCGUCGACAAAGUUCAAUGUGUUGGUCGAGGCGGAGGUGACGCUUCCGAACCUCAUAUAUCUUGUGUCCCAAAACCAACACAAUCAGGAGAUCCAGCAAAACUCGAUUGCAUUAAUCAACGCAUUGUUCUCGAAGUCGGAUCUCUCGAAGCGUAAGGCAAUGGCCGCCACUCUGUCCUCCAAACACAUCCGAAACGUUAUACUCACUAAUGUGUUGAAUCCGAGGAUCGGUGUCGGCGCCGACUCGUCCGGACAGACGUAUAACGUGGGCUCAGAAAUGGCGCAUCAGUUGUAUGUCUUGCAGACACUGCUCUUCAAUCUACACGAAGAGCGCAUGAAUUCUGUGGUCAACACAUCCAACGAA